AGAAUUUUGGAAACGUAAACAAAAUGAGCAACAGACUGAGACACAGACGCGACACGCAGCAUAGCGGCGUUACUGUGCAGACACCUGAGCCAAAGGUUCACUAUUGGCCAUUCUGGCGCAUUGUCUACUGGCUGGUUGUCUUCGUUGUUGUUUUGUCCUUAUGCUUGGUACUGUACUUCACGCUGAAAUCAGAUCGCGGGCGCUGCAAGUCGUACGACGUGCGCUGCGAUUGAUGAAAAAGCCGAAAACCUCCACAACACUUCAAUAUACGUCAAUCCAGUGUGUCCAGCAAUUCUAUGACGUGUUCAAUCUAUGUGCAGGAUCAAUUAAAGAUUUAUUCAAGACAUUGUUUAUACCAUAAAUGGUUUUUCAUUGUGUUUUGCAGAUUAUUAUAAGACCUUCCCUUGCCAUACUGUAGCUACUCUCACUGAAGUUGUCUGUUCCCACCACGCUUGAAGCGAAAGUUGGUGUCAGAGGUACAUAAUUCGAAUUACAACUUUUAAAAUAGCUUCAAUAUGAGAUCGAUGAAUUGAGAUCGAUGCUUGGUUAACUCUCCGGAGAGCAAACCCACAACAAGGACAGCUUCAGUGACGGUAGCUGCAGUGUUGAGAGCUCGAACAAAAGUCUGCUCCACUGCGGAAAACAGGCUCAUCCAGUGAAGAUCUCAAUGGUCAUAGGAAAGCAACCAGCAGCCAAACAGUAAUGCCCGUACUCUCAGUGAAUGAAUAAAUUUAUAGUAAUCUACA